AUGACGACGAUGCUCGCCUCCCUCCCUCAAGCGCAUAGCGAGGUAAUUACGUCGCUACAGUUUUCCCCUCACCACACCUCUGUCUUUUGCUCCACAUCGGGAGACGACACCGCGGCGUUGUGGGAUUGGCGUCAGGCCACCUCUGACCGUGCAAUCGCACGCCUCAGACACCACCAGGGCCCUGUGAACCACGCCCUGUUCCUACAGGACGACGAGAGGGCGCUGCUGACUGCGUCAGAUGAUCGGACCAUUGCGUACUGGGAUGCACGCGACUUGAGUGCGCCUGUCGGGACGAUUUGCGGCUUUGGGGAUGGAAUCAAUAAAAUGUUGCGUGUCCCUGCGCCUCAUGCCAGCGGCGGCAGUGGCUGGCUGCUGGCAAGUGCCUGCGAUGACGGAAUGGUCUACAUUCACUCUCUUAGUCCAGAGAAUGUUGUGUGGCAGCGGCAAGACCAACAAGGCCAAGGACCGAAUGUGGCAAACACGGCUGCUGUUGGAACGAUGGUGGAUCGUUUCUGGGCAGCGACGAGCACCGUGAACGAUCUUGCGUUGUCCCCCAACCAGACGAUGCUGCUUACGGCCUCGGAGGAUAGUGCGGUGCGGUUGUGGAACAUUGUUGCCGAUAUGCGGGCGACAAACGAAGAUCGACUUGUAGCCUCCUUUGAGGAGUUUGAUAAUCCGGUUAACCACAUUGCCGUGUUUUGCAGCAACACUCACGCCGACGGAGAUCCGUCUCCGCCGGAAGCAGGUGGUUGUUGGUUGUACGCCGCCUGCUCGGAGUUUGUGUUUGCCGUCGACCUCGAUCCUGUGACCAGUGCGUUUGGGGAGGGCGCCCGCGCCUUCAUGGGUCACCAGGACUACGUGCGUGGACUGGAGUUCAUCGACCGCGACACACUUCUGACGGUCUCCGAUGACGCCACCGCGAUUGAGUGGUCGUUGGCCACCGCGGAGCCCGUUCGCCAGGUGAAGCUGCAUGAGGGCCUCGUCAUGGCAUCCGCGACGUCCGCGGCGAAGGACGUGCUGUUGACAGGGACAGACGGCGGUGAGCUGCGGGUGUGGCAGCUGCCGUUCAGAACGGAGAUGUGCAACCGGCGAGCACCACGCGACGACUGA